UGUUUUCAAACACCGGGGACAGCAUGGCGGAGCUUUGCUAACUAAACUCAACUUAUUAUAUUCUUUUAAAUGUAAUUACAUUAGCCACAGUAACUUGCUAUCGUUACGUGGUGCGUGCAUCCAUGUCAAAGAAUAAGACACCCGGAUACAAAGGUUCAUACAACUGCGGCAAAAACGAGGAGCGGGAGGGAAAAAGCUCUGUGCGUUUCAAAUGCGGCCUAUUCAACACCAUACAGAACGUCCUGCACCAAAGACCCGGCUGGGUUGAAGUCAAAGAUGAUGGAGAGUGGGAUUUCAACUGGUGUGACGUGGGCUGGCUCAGGGAGAAUUUUGAUAAUUCGUACAUGGAGGAACAUGUGAGGGUAAACCACUUUCGCAACCAUUAUGAGCUGACUCGCAAAAACCUCAUGGUGAAGAACCUCAAAAGGUACAGGAAGAACCUUGAAAGAGAUGUUGGCUACAUGGAGGCAUCCAAAUGUGAUUUUUUCCCCAGCACCUUUGCACUGCCCAGCGAGUAUCAUCUUUUUGUAGAGGAGUUCAAAAGAAGCACUGGCAGCACCUGGAUCAUGAAGCCAGUAGCAAAAUCACAAGGGAAAGGCAUUUUUCUGUUCAGGAAACUGAAAGACAUCAUGGAUUGGAAGAAGGAUGGCACCCGCUCAGAGGAACAGAAGGAUGCAGCCCAAGUGGAAAGCUAUGUGGCACAGCGCUACAUAGAGAACCCCUACCUUAUUAAUGGCAGGAAAUUUGAUCUGAGGAUCUAUAUUCUGGUCACAUCAUAUGUUCCCUUGAAGGCCUGGCUGUAUCGAGAUGGCUUUGCUCGCUUCUCAAGCACCCGCUUCUCUCUGAGAAGUAUUGAUGACAAGUAUAUGCAUCUCACCAAUGUGGCUGUUCAAAAAACAGCACCUGACUAUGAUCCUGAAAAGGGAUGUAAGUGGCAGUUGCAGCAGCUUCGAAGAUACCUGACUGCAAAGCACGGUAGAGAGAUGGUAGAAAUCCUGUUCAAAGAGAUGGAUAAUAUCUUUGUCCGCAGUCUCCAGAGUGUACAAAAGGUCAUUAUAAAUGACAAACACUGCUUCGAGCUCUACGGCUACGACAUUCUGCUGGAUCAGAACCUCAAACCGUGGUUAAUUGAGGUGAAUGCCUCUCCGUCACACACGCCCAGUAGUCAAGAGGAUUAUGAGAUGAAGUGCAGGCUGCUGGAAGACACUUUGAAUGUUGUUGAUAUGGAGGGAAGGCUGACAGGCAAGGAGAAAAGGGUGGGUGGCUACGAUCUCAUGUGGAACGAUGGCCCUGUCUACAGAGAGGAUGCCAACCCCGAAACAUUUGGGAGUUCGUGUUUCACCGCCAACACACACUUAGGAUGUGUGAAUGACAGAGAGAAGCAGCUUCGUCAGCUACUAAAACCGUUUCCAGGCCAGAAGAGGAUGUGAUCACUCUCACGAACUCUAUCCAGCUAUAAAAGGAGUUGGCAUGCAAGACUUUUUCAUCAUCUAGGUGUGGGUGUUUGAGUAGAAAGCCUUCAGUGAACACAAAAACAUAAGUUCACUGUGAUGAUCGGAUCAGAUUUUUAUCCUUUGGUAAGAUCUGAAUGUGUUAAAACUACUGAGCAAAAUUCUUUUAUACAUUGAGUCCAAAGAAAAGUAUAUUGGUACAAAAUAUUUGCUAGUGAAUUUGGUUAUUAAUAUGAUUUAAUGACCAUGAUAAUUGUAAUAUUUGGGAUUGCAGCUUUCGGUCAAUAACAAAGAAAGUUGUGAAUGGUGUAGCCCCUUGUUUGCAAAACAUUUAUUUCUUUGCCUUACAAAUACUUGCAUUCAACAUUGAGAAAAUACGUACCACAAUCUUUCUGCGUGCGUGUCAAUAGCGUACACAUUAAUAAUAACAGCGCCACCCCUGGCCCCUGAUCUAUGGCUUUGAUACUGAAUGUGAAGUAAAGAGGUGCAGUCCGGAUAGAUGUCACGUACAUUGCUGAAGUGUUCCAAUGAAUCAUUUGCACAUGGUAAAUCACAAGAAACACACAAGACACUCUAACGUAAACAUGGUUUUCUAAAGACUUCAAGUGUUGUUCCAGCCAAACAUUAAUGAUGCAUUUAAAUUUCACUGAAUCCUUAGAAUGGCCAAUGGUACAGCAUCAGUCGAGACAAGAAUAUACAUUCAGCUCUUUUACUAAAUAUUUUUUCUUUCUGUGCAAUGAUGUAAACAAAAGAAUGACCAUGAU